GAGGAGGUGGAGGAGGAGGUGUUGGUGGAGGUGUUGGGAGCAACAGCAGCAGCAGCAGCCACGGGGCGGUGUUCAACCUGGAAUACUCACCUGAUGGCUCAGUACUAGCGGCUGCCUGUGAGCUGUGUGAGGUGCUGCUGAUGGACCCACUCACAUCACGACCAAUCUCCACCAUCUCGGCCGCUCACGAGGACUGCAUCAACAACAUCCGCUUCCUAGACGACCGCCUCUUUGCUACAUGCUCGGACGACACGACGGUGGCUCUGUGGGAUCUCCGCUGUGUCCGUCGCCGUGUGAGCUCCCUGCAUGGCCACUCCAGCUGGGUGAAGAAUGUGGAGUAUGACAGGCACAGCCGCCUGCUCGCCACCUCGGGCUUCGACGGGAACGUCCUCGUCUGGGACACUAACCGCUGCACAGAGACAGGCUGUCCCCACCGGACGUUCUUCCACACACGCUACUUGAUGCGCAUGCGGCUCACCCCGGACUGCUCCCGCAUGCUGGUCUCCACCUCGUCGGGAUACCUCCUCACCCUGCACAACCUGGACCUCACCCGCGACAACACGCCACGGAGCCCUACAGGAAUCACGUCGGCGCUCCCACAAGUCUCACUCACGCUCACGCUCCAACGACGUGACGGUGAGGAACAGCCUGGAUGUUGA